AUGUGUCCUCUCCACUGUGAUCUCGCGACCCGCUUGGCACUGUGGGUCUGUGACGACCAGGAGGCCUGGGUUUCCUCCUUCCUCCUCCCUCCCGUCCUCCCGUCCAGGAGUCCAGCAGAGGCAGAGGAAAUGGCAUCGGAUGCAGCUCUCAAGGGUAAAUCGGCGGCGAGCUCCUCCGCGGAACAGAGCGGCGAGGCGGCUGCCGCCGCCGCGGACGGACCUGAUGAUCAUCAGCUCCAGCCCGGGAUCCUCCCUCUCCUGGGGAAGCCGUACUUCGCGUGCAUCAUGUGCAAGUCCCACGUCCACCCGCCGUUCCAAGUGGUGGUCCCCAGGUCGCUGGCGCCGUUCCUCCCGGCGGCCACGGCGCCGGCGACGCUGUCGUGGCGCGGCCGGUCCUGGGGGAUGCGCUUCACGGGUGGCCGCCAGAUCCAGCGCCUCGAGGCCGGGUGGCGGGGCUUCGCGCUCGACGCCGGACUCCGCCUCGGCGACGCCUGCGUCCUAGAGCUGGUGGACGGCGGCCCGGAGCGCGUCGUGUUCAGGGCGCAGGUCCUCCGCGCCGACAUCCCCGCCGCGAUCCGGGGGCGCGCCGGCGGGGACACCUCGGCCAGCCCCAUCCUCAUCGACUAG